AUGGCGGACGAAUGGGUCUCGACCCAACACAGAACCAUGGCCAGAUGGGUCAGUUCUAAGGUCAAUGUGCAAGUGACCGAUCUCACCCAAGACUUGGGCGAUGGCACGAUAUUAAUUGCGCUCGUAAAUAUUUUAAUUGACGAAUCGGGCGGCGGAUAUACCCUCCAGCCCGUCUAUAAACGGCCCAACUUCACGCUUCAAAAGGUGGAAAACGUGGACGACUUCUUGAAGUUCUGCCGGCUUGUGUUGAAAAUUAACACAUGCAACAUCAGCGCCGAGGACGUUGUGGGCGGAAACCUCAAGCUUAUUCUCGGCCUCAUCUGGACCCUCUUUGUGUUCCUGAUAUCUCGCCUGGCGUCUGUGUCGAACGAUAGCCGGUCUAUCGCAGACAUCAAGACGAUCUUGAUCAAAUGGAUCAACACGAUUGUGCGCAGCCGCGCGCUUCCCGAGGUGACCAAUUUCAACAAGGAUUGGUCUCUUCAGCAGAACAACAGGCCGGACCUCAUCUUUGCUGCGAUUUUAGACUUCUACACUCAAGAUCUCAUCGUGUACGACGCGUAUGUGUCUGGAAAGAAGUACGCUAACUUGGAGAUUCUCAUCGCGCUAGCAAAGAGCCAAUUGGAUAUCCCAGAUCUCGCAGAGUCGCUGGACUUCAACGUUUUGGUGCCUGACGAGAAGUGUGUCAUUUUGUACUUGCUCCAGUGGUAUCUUUGCUUCGAGCGGGAGGAAGAAGAAUCUGUGCCAGCAGAAAUGCCGGCUCUCCGAUCCAGCGAGGAUCAAGUCGCCUCCUUCAUCUCACAUAUUGUCUCCGCGGUGAGAUACAGAAACAAGUAUGAGACGAAAGCAUUACGUCUACUGAAUCAAAUGAGUACGCAGACCCAGAAACUCAGGUCGCAGGCUCUAUUCUUUGAGAAUCCUCAAAGUCUAUGCGCCCUUGAGCAGUCCCUAGACAGUUUCUGCAGUCUUCUUCUGGCCAGUGAACUGCUUGAAGAAACUCUAAAAAAUAAGCAGGACUGCUCAUUCAUAAUUGAUCAAUUCUCCGAAUUGUUUGGUCGCCUCGAUCAGGUAUGCCAGUACAAAAUCGAAAUCAAACCCAUGUUCUGUACAACCGAACUACCUGAACUUAAUAAUCUAUUCCGACAAGCUCUGUUUGAACUCAAAAAGUGCGGCAUUACCACCGGAUAUGAACCAUUCAAGCAACUAUCGCUAGCGCAUCUAUUAUCCAAAAUCGAGUCAUUGGACACCAUUGAUCAUGAACUAUGCUCAGCAAUUCAAACGCAGUUGAGCCAAUUGGGUCUUUCCGCAUUAAGCAACAUCGACUCGAACAUUGAAUUUCUUCUCAAAAAUUUACGAGCAAGGGGUAAGCAAGUAUGCGACGACACCAAGAGAUAUGCCGAGGCAUUGCAGCAACUUCGGGAUUGUAAAGUAAAAUUGUGUCAUUACGAGGAAACCAUCGCGCAAAGAUUCUCUAUCUCCGAGCUUCAAGCACUCUUAGCAUCUAUCGACACAAUAGAAGUCCCAGACACACCAGACACACCACAGGAUUCCGAGUAUAUGGUAUUCAAAGACUUGGUGAGCGGGCUCAAAAACCAAAAGAACAUGACAUUUUACGACCUCAAACAAUUUCUAAAGAAUUGCCUCACCCAGGAUUCUUACAACAGCACCGAAGUGAAAGAGUUUACAAAGCUUGUUCCCACCAGGAAGCUUUUGACCCUGUCAGAAAGUGACGACUUCUCAUGUCUUCUCAAUCUGGAUGACAGCGACCAUUCCACAAAUAUAUUCGAUCGUGUGCUGAAGACUCUCGAGUACAAGCUUUCCGGCACACACAAUCGGCUCUACGAUAUCUCACUCUUUAUCAGUCAAUUGGAGAAUGGGUUUUGUAUCAAUAGUUGA